CUCUCACCGGGAUACGUUUAACACACAGUAUGUCGGGGUUCCGGAUUUGUAACAGUUAUCGGUGAUAUAUAAUAAACCAUUAGUAUACUUCCGGGUAUUACUGAUACCAACUAAGACAUUACAUGGCGACGAGGGUUAUUAAAGAACUCGCCGGGUGAGGUUAAGUGUGUGUAAACUCCUCGUUUGUGUUGAAACCUCCAGUUGUUGGUGAACCAAUCUGUGCACAAGAAAGAUGGCAGUUGCAGCAGCGGGUCCCGUGCUCACAUUCAAUCCCAAGGAGAACGAGCGAGAAGUUUUCUUCAAAAGGUUAGAGCAGUAUUUUAUAGUACACGGGGUCACUGAAGAAGCUGACAAGAGAGCUCAUUUGCUGUAUAGUUUGUCUGAGGAGGCGUAUAUUUUAUUAGAAAAUUUAUGUAUGCCGCAAAAGCCGGAAGAAACCCCAUACCAAGACAUAGUUCAGUUAUUGUCUAACUACUAUGGUAAAACUGCUGUUGUAUGGGUCGAAAGGCAGAAGUUUUAUAGUGCAUCCAAAUCAGGAAAUGAGACGGCACUAGAAUGGAGUGUACGACUUAAAGGUUUAGCUCGCUAUUGCAAUUUUGGUCAGCAGCUUGAGUCCAAGCUAACGGACAUUUUUGUUACGCAGUUCAAUCCUGGGAAGGUGAGAACUGAAUUAUUCACCCUAAACGAGAACACCACCUUAAAUAACGCUGUUGAAAAGGCCAAAAUUAUCGAAGCAACGCUAGUAAUAAGAGACCCAGUUGGUGAAGUUAAAAGCGAGGUCUUAGAAUCCAAUGUUUUUCGAAUUACACAAAAUAAUUCAAAUGUUGGUGCCACUGCCGAUCAACAUCAAGAUCCUCAAUGGUAUCAUAGAGGGACAGCAGUACCUGCAGCGCAGCGGAGCCAAGGAGGCACGCGCAGGAGUGGGGGCAACAGCUCAAACAUGGCGCUGCCGCAGCUACAGCCGUUCACAUCGUCUGGUCGCUCUCCGGGCUGUUUCCACUGCGGGAGGAACCACAACAGUAAUGUAUGCCCCUAUAAGGAAUAUAUUUGUAACUCUUGUCACGGUAGGGGUCAUCUCAGUGUGGUGUGUAAAAAGAAAAAACAAAUCCUCACCUAA